GGUGGCACAUUGUGUGUACCAGUAAAACAACAAGCCUUGGAUGAUUGGGUCCAUUGAAGGAAUGGAAAUAGCAGAGAGAAAGGAUUCCAACAAAGGAGCACAAUGUGCAUGAAAAAAAUUGAGUUUGGUAAACAUUUUGACUUAAGGGCUUAAAGCUCCAGCUGUAAUCAAAGAAAGAUAGAUGCCAAUGGGUAAAUGAAAAAAUCACCAGGUGUAUAUUGAUAAGGGCAUAUUAUUCUCUUGAAACAGUUAAAUGCCACCACCAGAUGGGACAGUAGCAGAAAUGGUCGGGAAAUAGUUUCUGGUUCAUCUACCUUGUUAAAGGUCUUCUCUUGUAGAAAGAUCAAUGAAGCAGCUAAUUGUCUGACUGUUAUUGCUCCAUUAAACCCAAUUAGAAAGACAGAAAAAAUAACACACUUGAAGAGAAAAAAAUAAUCUGUUGGUAUGAACCACUGUGAAAACAGAUUUUGUCAUGUGUAACAUUUAAUUUUAUUUAUUUUAAAUUCAUAUUUUCUGCAUUCUUAACACAAUGAUACAUACAAAUUCAAAUAAAUAAAAGGGAAUGUGUUCAUAUUUAUUUGUUUUUGUUAAAAAAUAUUACAUUUUAAAACUCGUACAUGCUUCUAACAGUAUUUUUUAUUUAUUUAUUUUUUUGACAAACCUGAAAAUGCCAGAUAUUUCAAUGUGCAUGAAACCCCUGACCUGUAGGUGUCGCUACAACAUGAUCAAGGCACUUCUUCCUCUGCCACGUCGCCUCUGUGGGAUCCUCGUCUGCACACGUUGGUUGUUUUCAAUAUCAAUGGCGGAAGUCGCCUUAACCUGUUUGUCUGAGUUUGCUAAUCAAAGAAAUUGAUCUGUAAACCUCCGUCAUGGAGUGGUCACCUUUGGACUGCCUGUUACCCUCUGGCACACAGAAAAUCUGCCUGAUCCUUCUGAACCAGCCUCUGGAUAAAAACUACCUUCAUAUUCUCUGGAGUAAAGCACUUUUGAAAGCAUGUGCUGAUGGAGCUGCCAAUCAUUUGUAUGAAAUAACUGCUGGAUGUCACGACAGCUUCCUGCCUGACUAUAUCAGCGGGGAUUUUGAUUCCAUUACUGCUGAGGUCAAGGCUUUUUAUGCAGACAAGGGUUGCAAGCUAAUAGAAACAGCAGACCAAGAUCUGACAGACUUCACCAAAUGUCUUGCAGUUAUGCUGGAGAAGAUUCAGAAGCAACAGUUACAGGGCAGCCACAGACUGGCAGUGAACACCGGUCUUGAAGGAGACUGGUGUGGCCUCAUUCCGGUGGGUGGUCCCUGCCAAACAGUCACCACGGGGCUCAAAUGGAACCUGAAUGACCAGAUCCUGAAAUUUGGGAGCCUGGUCAGCACAUCCAACUCCUUUGAGCUGACUGACCCAGGCAAGCCCAGGAAACCUGUCACUGUGACCACAGAUCAGCCUUUACUCUGGACCAUGGGCAUCCUCAAAAGUGGAGGAGGAUUUUGAACACACCCUGCUCAAUUAUGACAGAAAAAUAAAAAAAUAAAUUAAACACUCAGGUUACAGUGACCAAUUUUCACAGUUUGAGCCAAAAUUCUUUGCAAUUUUUAGAAAUGACUUUUGCUGCCUUAAAUGUAGUUAUGCUUUGCCUUGUAGCUGCCUGUGUGCCUUAGGUAUCCACACACUUUUUUUCUAAUAUGAUUUAAAGAAAUUGUAUAAGCUUCAUUUUUUUGUUAAUAAAGAAUAAACAAACCAGA